GAUAAAGAUCUUGUGAACACUGAUAAUUACCACUACCUUAAGUUGUAGUUAACUAUAAACGAAGCAGAAGGACGUUGGAAGUGGGCACGUGGAGAUGCAUUGUGGAGUGCAAGGCAAGCAAGGAUAAAGUCUAAUAAUUCGCCUUUGACUAUUCCGAAAGAGGAAAUGAGAUGGUGAUUUGGGUGAAAAUCUGCUGACAAAUUCGAGAGGCAACCCAUGUUGAUCAACAGGAGGAUAUCUGCAUUGUGAAGGAGGCGUAUUUAUUGCCUCUCACCAAUCCGUGAAGCGAAGCGGAUCCAAUCUCAACUCACAUGUUUUCAGUUUGAUUGGUGGCUUCCCACCUCACUGUGUUGAAACUGAGUUUUUUAAUCAACGCUAGGUGGGAAGAAGCUAAUUUGUGGGCAUAUCUUUUUCCAUGCCAGGUAUUGCAUCUGUUGCAAUGCCUACCUCUAUUCAAGACAAUUUUCCCUCGACUCCAGGCAAAGUAAAGAUAGAAAGGGGUAAUCAUUUUAACCGUCAACUGAACCGGUGGCUUACUUCAUCAGCCACAUUCUUCUUCUGGGCUCUCUUUCUUAUCGCACUGACUGCAUCCUACUUGUGUUUAAAGACAUCUCUGGAUAUAGGCACCAAACACAUUUCAAAAUGGGGCGGUCCUCAAUGGGAGAAAAAGGUUCAACAUUCUUGUCAAGCAAAGAGACCUGGUGGGAUGGUGGUAUUAGUUACGGGGGCUUCUGGGUUUGUGGGAACACAUGUAUCCUUAGCUUUGAAGAAGAGAGGAGAUGGAGUCCUUGGACUCGAUAAUUUUAAUGAUUACUAUGACACUUCCCUCAAAAGAGCUCGAGAAGGUCUUUUGAAGAAACAUGGGAUUUUCAUCAUAGAAGGGGACAUAAAUGACAGCAUGCUCUUAAAUAAGUUGUUUGAUGUUAUUCCAUUUACCCAUGUCAUGCAUCUUGCAGCACAGGCAGGUGUUCGAUAUGCCAUGGAAAAUCCAUCUUCUUAUGUCCAUAGCAAUAUUGCAGGGCUUGUCACCUUGCUAGAAGCCUGCAAGGCAGCUAACCCUCAGCCGGCUAUUGUUUGGGCAUCUUCUAGUUCUGUUUAUGGCCUCAAUGAUAAGGUGCCCUUUUCAGAAAUUGAUAGAACUGAUCAGCCAGCUAGUCUCUAUGCAGCUACAAAGAAAGCAGGGGAAGAAAUCACUCACACAUACAAUCACAUUUAUGGGCUCUCUAUUACAGGGUUGAGGUUUUUUACUGUGUAUGGACCAUGGGGGCGACCUGACAUGGCUUAUUUUUCUUUCACGAGGAACAUAUUGCAAGGAAAACCCAUAACCAUAUACAGAGGAAAGAAUCAAGUAGAUCUUGCUCGAGACUUCACUUACAUAGAUGACAUUGUGAAAGGUUGUGUUGCCUCGCUUGACACUGCAACCAAGAGUACUGGGAGUGGAGGAAAGAAGAAAGGACCAGCACAAUACAGAAUCUACAAUUUGGGAAAUACUUCACCUGUGACUGUGCCCAUAUUAGUGAACAUUCUUGAGAGGCAUUUGAAGGUGAAGGCUCGGAAAAAUAUUGUUGAUAUGCCAGGAAAUGGGGAUGUGCCCUUCACUCACGCUAAUAUAACACUUGCAAAAAUGGAGUUAGGCUACAAGCCAACUACAGACUUACAAAACGGUCUAAAGAAGUUUGUAAAAUGGUAUCAGAAUUAUUAUGGUUAUACCUACAGUAAAAUGUAAGAUCUUUAUUUUGUUUA